UCUUCUCUCUCUUUCUGGUGUUAUGGGAUCCAAUGUUAUUCAUAACUUUCAUCACACCCCUCUCAAUAUCUUCAGCUGAAAUUUGUUACUCCAUUAAUACACAACCAGUGACCCCCCACCCACCCAACCCCACUAAAAGUCCUCAGUAUAAUCAAGAAUCAACAAUAACAGAAAAAUGGAAGUGGUUAGUAAGAGGAGGAGCAAAAUUUCAAGAAAUGGUGUAAUGUCAGGUUCUGUAUGGGAAAAUAGGAUGAAAUAUGAUGAAGUCAAAGGUGGGAUCAAAGUAUAUAGCAAUAGUGAAAAAGAAGAAGAAACCCCAGAAGUAAAAAAUGAUGAGAAAAAUAGUACUAUUACUAUAAUUAGUACUACUAGUGAAACAAAUCAAGUAGACAAAAAGUUGAAAAUGGGGUCAAAAUCUAAUCUUGGUGUUGGUGGUGUAAUGAAUGGCAAGAGAAAAACUUGGAAAUCUGAGAGUAAUUUUGAAGGGAACCCAAUUCAGAUUUCAAGAAAAAGAUCUGAAUUGAACAAGAAUUUGGAUGAACAGUGUAAAGAAUUGAGUACAGUUUCAGCUGAAGAAAUGAAGAAAAGUCCAGUUCAGAACAAGAAAUCAAGUGUAUUAUUAAGGAAAGUGAAAUCAGAGGCUAAUAAGGGAGAAAAUGAGGAUGAAAAUGAGAAGAAUUCUGAAUUAAGGAAAGUAAAAUCUAUGUCUGUUAAUGGGAAUUUGAGGAAUUCAGUUCAGCUGGUGAAAGCAAAAUCAGCUACAAGUAAAGAAGUUGAAGAGAAAUGUAAGAAUUUUGAGGAAAAUAAGGUUGUUGUUGGUGGUGGUGGUGUAGAGGAGUCAAAAAAGAAUCUUGAAAAUGAAGAAAAUUGUAAAGAAUUUGGAAUAUGUGAAGAGAAAGUUAUAACAAGCAAUGAAGAAAAUUGUAAAGAAUCUCAAGACAAGUGUAGUGCUAAAGAAAAGUUGAAUCUUGAAAAUGAAGAAAAUGAAGAAGAAUUGGAUGAGGUUUUUGAUGAGGAAAUUGAAAAGGAAUUAAGUGUUGAUGUUAAAGAGAUUAAUGUAGCAGAAAAUAAGUCUAAAAAGGUUGUAAUUGAAGAGAAAAAACUUCAAAUUAGCAAUGAAAAAUCAGUUCCAAUUUCUCCAAUUAUCAAGAAACAGUCUCCUCCAAUUUCAGGCCAAGCUAAAAUUCAUCUUCAAAGUCCAACAAGAACCAAAUCAGUUCCAACUUCAGAUGAAUUUCAGAAUAUUCCAAGACAACAUAGCAAACUAGAAAGCUUUGUUGAUUUGGUUAUGUGGAGAGAUGUAUCAAAAUCAGCAUUAAUUUUUGGAAUUGGAACUUUUGUCAUCAUUUCAUCUUCAUAUACUCAAGAUCUCAGUAUCAGCUUCAUUUCUGUUCUCUCCUACUUGGGUCUGGUCUACCUUGCUGCAAUCUUUCUAUUUAGAUCCCUCAAUAUUCACAGGGGUGCCAAUGAUAUAAAUGAGUCAAGUGAAUAUAUAGUAGGAGAAGAAGAAGCAAUGUGGAUACUGAAAUUGAUACUGCCAUACAUAAAUGAAUGUCUCUUGAAAAUUAGAGCCCUUUUUUCUGGGGAUCCUGCUACUACAAUGAAGAUGGCAGUUCUGCUGUUUAUUUUGGCUAGAUGUGGCAGCUCCAUAACUAUUUGGAAAAUGUCCAAAUUAGGCUUUUUUGGAGUUUUCAUUGUACCAAAAGUUUGUUCUUCUUAUUCCACUCAGUUAACUGCCUAUGGUACAUUUUGGAUUAGACGCUUUCGAGAUGCUUGGGAAUCAUGUACUCACAAGAAAGCUGUUGCAUUUGCAAUAUUCACACUCGUAUGGAAUUUGUCUUCAAUUGCUGCUAGAAUUUGGGCAGUUUUUAUGUUGUAUGUGGGAUUUAAGUACUACCAACAGAAAUUGAUGAAAGAAGGAUGGGUAAGUGAAGAAGAAACUACAAAAGCUGAGGAUUAUUGGCAAGCAAAAAUUGGAGGACAAAGACAAAUUGGGAGAAGAUCCACUUUAAUGGAAACCAGAAAGCAAAAGAAAAAACUUUAAAGAGAAAAAAAUAUAUAUAUCAUAACUGAGAGAGAUAUAAUAAAAUCUUUAUUUCUUACUGUACAUAGUUGUUUGUCAUUGUAACAGAUAUUGGGGCUUCAGCCUCUAUUGCCUAAUAAAAUCUUUUACAAUUCAUUUUCAA